AUGCCGCCUCUGAAGGCAUCCGUCACGCACCGAGUGCAUGCUCGGGCGGGGCUGCUUGGCAACCCCAGUGAUGGCUUCCAGGGCGCAGUCAUCGCAGUGUCGGUGGCCAACUUCUGGGCGGAGGUGACGGCCUCCCCCAGUUCCCGCAUCGACAUUCUGCCCUCCCCGGAUCACGACCCAACCUCCUUUGGCAGCAUAGCACAGCUGUCCCACCAUGCGGCAGGGUAUGGCUGCAAUGGAGGAGUGUGGCUCCUCAUGGCAGCAUGCCACCAGUUCCAGCAGCACUGCGAUGCCGCCGGCAUCCCCCUCCCGCCCAUCACCUUUGCGCUAUCCUACACCACCAACAUCCCUCGCCAAGCGGGGCUCUCGGGGUCGUCAGCCCUGGUGCUGGCGACGCUGCGCUGCCUCAUAGAAGCGCACAGCGUGGAGGACGGGAUCAGUGCCUUCGACCUGCCCUCGCUGGCGCUCGCAGUGGAGACUUCCCUUGGAAUCGCCGCCGGCCUGCAGGACAGGGUCGUCCAGACCUUUGGCGGCUGUGUGUACAUGGACUUUAGUGAAUUGUCCUCGUCUGGCCAGGGAGUGUACCUGGCGAUCGACCCAGCGCGCCUGCCACCGCUGUUCCUCAUCAUCGACAACCAUCCCACCGGGAAGACCAGCGGACAGGUCCAUGCACUCAUCAAGGAGCGCUGGCUCGCAGGAGACCGUGCAGUCAGGGCGGGAAUGGAUGCUGUAGCGGAAUGCGCACAGGAGGGCUGGGGGGCAUUGCGGGGGCGCAUCGGCGCCGCCGCGCUGCCGGACCUGAUGCACCGCAGCUUCGAGGCCCGGCGGCGGCUGUACGGCGACGAGGCGAUUGGUCGCCGCACAUUGGCCAUGGUGAAGCUGGCAAGGAGCUGCCGCGCUGAGGCCAGCCUGGCGGGGAGCGGCGGCUGCGUGGCGCUGUGUUUCAGGGAGGAGUCGGGGUACAUCGAGCACCUGCCGGCUCUGCAAGCCGCAUGCGAGGCUGCGGACUUCAGCCUGGUUAGGCUGCGUAUCGGAGAUGCCCUGCAUGCCCUCCCCGCUCACGCCCGUGACCCCUGUUGA